AACAUUAAUUUUUUUGAUUUCAAAUACAUUAAAGUAAAUUCUCUGAGAUAAAAUGUGGAGUUUAUACUAAAGCACAGUAUCAUCUAAUUUUGUGAAUUUGAUGAAAAGCUUAGAAAACUAGAAAGUUUUGAGAGUCAAAGCUCUAAAUAAAAUUAAAAUAAAAUCGUUGUUGUCAUUUGUUUUCGGCAUGGAUUGAUUACGUGCUAAGCAAGUCUUAGUUAAAUUAGAUAUAUUGAAUUCAUUUACUUAUUUACUAAGUCUAUUAUAUUGUGUUUUGAUAUAGUACAUGCAAUUAUGAGAAAUGGAAACUAUUAAUUAUUUAAUGAACACAGAGAAUGAAUUAUAUAGUUUUAAUCACAUUAAUGCAUUUAAUCAUUCUAUCUUAUACUGUGUUAAAUAUGUUUGGGAUGUAUUAUUGUUCACCAAAUGAUCAGGUCUCGUAUCAUAAAAAGAGGUUGGAGUUCAUUAAUUUUAUCUUUUAUUGUCUGCUUAGAAACAAUAAAGUUCCAAAGCUUCAGUUCACCAGAUUUGGUGGAUGUGAUAGAAUCUGUAAAAUACUGAAUAAUAAACAUACUGUUAAUCAUUAGCAUUACUUAGAGAUGAUUUUAAAGAUUCCAGUAGCAGUGAUAGUGUAUUUGCUUUGUAACAGUGCUGAGAUGUGGUUGACGUAAGAAAAUGCGGCCCCUUUAAGAAACAUGACACCGCGCGCACUGAGCAUGCGCAGAAGAGAGACGCUCAAGAGACGAGACGAGUGCUGAAACUUUAAAACCAGUUGAAGCUGAGCGCUUCCAAUUUGGGGAAUUUUUUAGUUUUAUUUUAUUUAUUUUUAACCAAAUUCAGCGACUUUUUCAUUGAUUAUUCGGAUCAAUUUGGGGCAAUUUGUCCUGUAUUUUAGUGUGUGGAAAACUAGUAGCAAGUAGCAGAGAAGCUUAUUUGUUUUCCUUAGCGACGGAGUGUCUCUUUUGCCAUAAACCCGCGUUUUUUUUUUUUUUUUUUUUUUUUUUUUUUUAACAUGUCGAGCUCAAGUUGGUUUGUUAAACACAAGCAGCUCUCCAAAUAUAUGGCUGAAUUUGGAAAAAAAGUUAUCAGUGGUUGUUUCUCAUGGUGGACUGUGAUUAGCAUGCGUCCCUAAAUUGCAACACACCAAGAGUAAUAUUCAUAAAUUCCUGUUAACUCAGACAUCCCCUCAAGCCGAUCUGGUGUCCCUCCCACAACAAUUCACCAAUAAAUACUGGGAAUAUUCACAUCAUCCUACAAGAGAAGGACAAACUCCAGGUGUAGCAGCUGAAAUCUGAGUGAAGAUGGAGUUUAUUAAAGAGGAGAUUGAAGACACGAGUGAUCCAGAACCAUCCAGAAUAAAAGAUGAAGAUACUGAGGAACAAAUAGACUGGAAGGAGAUGAAACCACCAAAACAUGAACUUAAUGAAACAGAAAAGGAAUGUCACAACUUCACAACUCGAACAAAAGAUAAUAAGCCGCACAUCUGCUCUCAGUGUGGAAAAUGUUUCCCAAAAAAGGGAGACCUUAACAUACACAUAAGAGUUCACACUGGAGAAAAACUGUAUACAUGCACUCAAUGUGGAAAGAGUUUCCAAAAUAAAGGAAACCUUAACAGACACAUAAGAAUUCACACUGGAGAGAAACCAUUUAACUGUGAUCAGUGUGGUAAAAAUUUUCAUUCAUCUAAACAUCUGAAACAACAUCUGAAAGUUCAUUCAGAUUAUGUGUGUUCUCUCUGUGGAAAGAGUUUUUCAGAGCUGGAUCAUUUUAAAAAGCACCAGAAAACACACAAUAAAGUAAAAGAUCAUGUGUGUUGUGACUGUGGGAAGCGAUUUACUAGAUCCGACUGUCUGAAACAACAUCAAAGAAUUCAUACUGGAGAAAAACCUUACAAGUGCUCAUAUUGUGACAAAAGUUUUGCUCGGUCUGGAAACCUGAAAGUACACAAGCGAGUUCAUACUGGAGAGAAGCCGUACCACUGUACUCAGUGUGAGAAGAGUUUCAGAACUGCUAAAGUUCUCAGGAAUCAUCUGUUCAUUCACUCUGGAGAAAAACCAUUUAACUGUGAUCAGUGUGAUAAAAAGUUUAAAACCUCAUCACAUCUAAAACAACACUUAAACGUUCAUUCAGAUGAGAGGCCUCACUUGUGUUCUUUCUGUGGAAAGAGUUUUUCACAGCUGAUAAAUUGUAAACGGCACCAGAAAACACAUGGGGAAGUGAGAGAAAAACCUUACAAGUGCUCAUAUUGUGACAAGACUUUCACUCAUUCUGGAAACCUGAAAUCACAUGAGCGACUUCAUACUGGAGAGAAACCAUAUCACUGUUCUCAGUGUGAGAAGAGUUUCAAAGAUGGAACAGGUUUAAAAAAUCAUCUUUUUAUUCACUCUGGAAAAAAAACAUUUAACUGUGAUCAGUGUGAUAAACAUUUUACUUCAUCAUCAAAUCUAAACAAACACCUGAUAGUUCAUUCAGAUGAGAAGCCUUAUGUGUGUUCUCUCUGUGGAAAGAGUUUUUCACGGAUUGACAGUUUUAAAAAGCACCAGAAAACACAUAAUGGAGUGAGAGAUCAUGUGUGUUGUGACUGUGGGAAGAGCUUUACUAGAGCUGACUGUCUGAAACUGCACCAAAGAAUUCAUACUGGAGAAAAACCUUACAAGUGCUCAUAUUGUGACAAGAGUUUCACUCUAUCUGGACAACUAAAAACACAUGAGCGACUUCAUACUGGAGAGAAGAACCGAAAAACCACGAUACAACACCCACAGUACGUACCGGGAUACUCUCAUCGUGUACCGAACGCUCCUCGCCCCCUGCUGCCCCGCCCAGCCCCGACCUAUUGGCUCUACACGACUGAUACAACGUUGAAGCCUAACCACCAUUAACCACCAUUAUACCAAUCAAGUGUCAUCUUUCAAAUUCUGUCCAUUCAGUAUAUAGUAAUGUGCACGUAAGGGCUCUCUAUAUAGUUUACAGCAUUAGCAGAGACAAUUUUUUUGUUCUUUAGAAACUUUUAAUUAUAAUUGAAUUCAUUUAAAGACGGAGACACAAUUUGUUCAGUAAACUACUGGGUUUUUUUUUUUGUUUUAAAAGAAAAGCUGACAAUCAGUCAUUUGUCAUUUUUGUUUGAACAUAUUUGUACAAUUUCCAAAUUUGAUUCAAUUGUUGUCUUUUAUAAUUAUAUAUUUUUACUUAAUAAAUUUGUUAAUGAUAUCUGACAUAAUCAUUGCUGGUCUGCCUGGAUCUCACCGCAUCAGUCAUUAUGAAACUAUUUGAGUUAAUUCUGAGUUCUUAUUUCUUUGUUGUAAACUGCCACAUUAAUCACAAACUUCAUGAUCUCUUUGAGAUGCUUUCAAGUCUUUAAACUUUUUUUUUUUUUUUGACCUUACUGGACACAUUUACAUUACAAAGUAGCCUACAUUUGUUGACUCUUUUGCCAAAUUGAUUGUGAUGCUCCUUUUGUCACAUAAAGUGUAAAAAAUUAAAUAAUAUUUUACUGACACAUUUCUUUCUUUAUAUGAUUACUGUAAUUUUACUUUUAUUAGCAUUUUAGUCAAACAUUUUACCUACCUUAAAAUAGAUUAAAAUAUUGUAUACAUUGACCAGGCUUUCUUUAGUAAUGAAUGAAUGAUGUGCUUGACUACUUCU